AUGGAUCUUCAUAGUUUCUUUUAUGGCCCACACAGCAUGGCUCAAACUUUCCAGCAAGUUGUUGACUCAGACUCAGAUGAGGGCUCAGAUGAGAAGGCUAUUGCUGCCAUGGGCAUUCUCAACACACUGGAAACCAUUCUUAAUGUGAUGGAAGAGCAAAAAGAAAUUUUAAAUCAGCUGGAGGGAAUUGUUUUAAAUGUAAUAGGAUUAAUAUUCCAUCAAAAUAUGAUUGAAUUUUAUGAAGAAGUUUUAUCUCUUGUGUAUAUGUUGACAUGUACACAAAUCUCACAGCAUCUGUGGCAGGUCUUUUAUAUGGUCUAUGAAAUAUUUCAGAAAGAUGGAUUUGAUUACUUCACAGACAUGAUGCCAGCCCUCCACAACUAUGUCACAGUAGAUCCACAAGCUUUCCUUGCAAAUCCCAAGCAUUUAGAGAUCAUCUACAACAUGUGUAAAACUGUAAUGACAGGAGAUGCUGGUGAGGAUGCAGAGUGCCAUGCUGCCAAGCUGCUAGAGGUGAUCCUCCUCCAGUACAAAGGACAAGUUGACCCUGUGGUUCCGUCAUUUGUGGAGUUGGCUCUUGAGAGAUUAACAAGAAAAGUGAGGACCUCGGAAUUGAGAACAAUGUGUCUGCAGGUUGUCAUUGCUGCACUCUAUUACAAUCCUCAGGCCUUGCUAGACAUGCUGGACAAGAUGCGUUUACCAAAUAUCACAGAUUCCAUCACAGCACAGUUUGUGAAACAGUGGUUACACGACUGUGAUUGUUUCCUUGGUCUUCAUGACAGAAAAAUCAGUGUCCUUGGUCUUUGUACGUUAAUGGACACACCCUCUACUCGCCCAGCUGCCAUCAAUGAGAAUGCCUCACAGAUCCUCCCCUCCGCUCUGCUGCUCUUUGCAGGUCUAAAAAGGGCUUAUGCAAGUCGAGCAGCAGCUGACAAUGAAGAGGGUGAUGAUGAAGAUGAAGAAUACGAGGAAGAUGAAUUAGGGAGUGAUGAAGAUGAAAUUGAUGAAGAAGGUGCUGAAUAUUUAGAAAAAUUGGAGAGAUCGGCAAAUGGAGAUGAUGACAGUGAUGACGAAUAUGACGACGAGGCAGAAGAAACUGCAUUAGAAAGUUACAGGACACCUUUAGAUGAUGAUGACUGCACAGUAGAUGAAUAUCAGGUCUUUAAAACUGUACUACAAAGCUUACAAAGCAGGGAUCCCAGCUGGUACAGCUCCCUAACUAGUCAAUUAACACAGGAACAACAACAGGAAUUAAAUGAAGUCUUUACAUAUGCUGAACAGAGGAAGGCUGUCCAGGAUUCAANGUGUUUCCAUUCUCGGCUGACUGAGGAAAGGUUUGAGAGAGCAUUUAAAGAAGAGGCGGUCGAACCAAUAGUGAGUAGGAAGUGUGCUGCAAUCAAGACGAACAAUACCGAUCAUAAGUGGACAGCUAAUAACCCCUAA